AAUGCAAACUCUCAUGUUAAUAUUUUUUCUGUUCACAGCGAAAGUGUUCCCUGGGGAGCUUUCCCUAUCUGCAUGGAAAUAUGUACCUGAAUUGGACGACAAGACUUCUGAGGUUUUUAAAACAACAUCAAAAAAAAUUACCGAUGAGAUAGACAAAGUGUUGACGGAUGGCUACUCUACAGUGCUGAAAUUUGGGAAACCUGAGAGCACCAAAGGCUGGUUACUGCGAACCACAGGACUUACUGCAUCUGUACAGAUCAUCUAUAAAGCUAAUUCAGCUGUCACAGAUGCUGAGGUUCAAAAGCUGAUGUCUGGCGUCAUUUGCAAAGACUGUGCACUGGCUGGAUCAUUUGAAAGCAGAGAGCUAUGUACAGACAAAGCUUGUGAUCUCCAAUCGACGACGUGCGAAGCAAAAGAGGGAGUUUUAACCUGUACUUGUAAAGGCGGCUACUUUAACGAAGGUUUCAGUGACAGAAUAUGUUCUGCAUGUCCCCAUGGGCAAAAAUACGAGGAUUCAGAGUGUGUCUCCUGUCCAUUUGGCUAUUCUGGUUUCAACUGCGAGGAAUCUUGGAAGUUGAUUCUCGUAAUCGUCGGCUCCGUGCUCGGAGCCCUGCUGCUCACCGCCCUCAUUCUUCUGGGAGUAGUAGCUUCCAAAUCUCCUAAGGUGAGCUCCAAGAGGACGAAAAAUGAAGAUUUUGGGAAACCUUACGUGAGCCAUUCUGCUGCCAAGUCACCGCUCGUUAACGGCAGCAACCACUAUGCGGCUCAAGGCAACGGGAUGGCCAACGGCCACGGGGCCAAUCUUGGGGUGCCACGGAUUCCUCGGGCAACAACCACCAACAGCUGGGACAGCAGGACCAACCUGGAGAUGACUCCCAGCAACAGCCGGCAGAACCUGGUCCCUGGAGGGAGGAACACGCGUCUGUAUGAUGACCAAGAUGACCAGUCGCACUACGCUCAGUCCAACCCGUACGCUAAGUCACUACCCCAGAGCUCCAGCUCUGGCCAGAAUCGAGCCGGCUUCAACCCGUACACUCAGAACCAAGGCCAAUCCAACCCUUACUACGUGUCAGACGAGAGAGGCCGCUACAAUUAAUGCAGCCAAAGAUGUUGAUUCAAUAGAGACAUUUCAAUGGAUCAAAAUCCUUUAAACUUGUUAUUUCUUGUUUUUCCUUUGAUACAACACACUAUUAGUAUCUCUUUAUAGUAAAAUAUGGCUAAAUAGAGGCUCAAAAAUUACCUAUAUGUAUAUACAGGACUGUCUCAGAAAAUGUGAAUAUUGUGAUAAAG